CAAAUCUUACAUUAAUUAAUAUAUUUGUUAUAACUUCAAAAGUUAAUCAAACUAAAUAAAACUAAAGUUCUGAUCCUGAUACCUAAAAACUAAAAAAAAAAUUAUUUUUGCAAAUUAGUAAUGCUCAAUUAAUAAAAUCCUGAGGUAACCCUACCAUCUCCUUAAUUCUAUGACAGAUCUCUUAAAACGAUGGACAUAAGAGGUGCAUAUCCUAAUAAGCCAUGGAUAAAAUAGGAGGUAUUUGAAAAUAGAUCUCUUUUUACAAAUGACAUUAAAGGUGCAUAACCAAAAAUAUCAAUUAGGCCAUUAAACUACCCUAAUUAUGAUCCUUCUUAGAGAAUAUAAGGUUUUGAAAAUACUAACUUUAGUAGGACUCCAGAUAUAAAUGUAGGAAAUUACUAAAACUAAAGAGCAUAGUCUAAUAGGCAAGACCCAAUUUUAUCAUAGAGCAUUUAAGACAGACAAUUCAAUUCCUCUGUCUAAAAUAAUAAUUUAAGGGCUUCUGUUCCUGCACCUAUGUCCUCUUAAUAGUUCAAUCAAGCAAGUCAAUCUUCAUAUUCUUAGAAAUAACCUUAUUAAGGAAUUUAGGGAUUCGAUGUCGAAAAAAGCUCAUAUUAUAAUGGACCUAUAGCAGAUAGAAUUCACAAACCUCACAAUUAACCACCUUCAUAUAUUUAAAAAGACUAAUUGCUGUCAUCGCCUACAUAUUAACAAAUGAAAUCAGACUAGAUUAGAGGUGUUUAUCCUUAAUAAAAUGUAAUUCCAAAAAGCCCAUAACCUUACCAAGUAAAUGGAAAUAUUCCCUAAUCAUACCUUAACAGACCUGCCUCAAAUCCCAAUAUACCUACUUAAAACAUUUAGAAGAGUCAAUAACUUUAAAGUCCAACAUAUGCAUAUUAAAAUAAUCAAAAUGCCAAUGGAGCUCCAAACACAAAUAACCGUGGAUAUAGCAGCAGCAUGCAAAAUAAUUUGAAGCAAUUAGAUUACUAAUAAUAAAAGUUUUAGCAAAGCAUUAGACCACCAAGUAAUACAAAUAUUGCUAAGGAUGAUGUAGUUGAAGAUUUCAAGCACACAGCUUUGAUAAGACCAAAUCAUUAUGACAGCAACCAAAAAUAUUAAGAAUUCAAACAUAAUAUUGAAAGCAGAAUUGUUUCUCCUAAGCAUUACGAUAUUCCUGACAAGAUGGUUCAGUAUUAAAUGAAUAAAGAUAAUAUUUUCAGCUAUUAAUAGCCUAAGCUAAAAAUUAAUAGAGAAAAAAUGGAGAGAUAUAAUAUGUCUAAAAGUGCCAUGACUAAAAAUUAAUUUAUUAGUACUUCUUCUACACCAAAUUUAAUUAAAAAUAACUUUGGAUAUUAACCCACUCCAACCCAGUAAGUUUAUUAAAGUUAAGAUAAUAAUUAUGGUUAGCUGAUUAAACCUUAGCCAUUAAUAUAGUCACAAUAAGCAGGAUAAUAUUAAUAAGGUGAUAUCCUUAGGAAAAUUCCUACUGCUUAAUCACGUCCCAAGACCAAUUAACAAAAUUAGGAAAACAAGCAAUCUCAAUACUAAAGCUUGUAAUCUUAGAUUUCUCCGAAGCACAGUUUGAUUGAAAGAAAUAUAUUUUAAAAGCCAUAAUCAGCUGGUCCACAAAAAGACAAACUAAGUUACUUAAAACCUUACACAGUUGUUCCCAAAGUUGAUAACUCUUCUGAAUACACAACUAAAUUUAACUAAUCGCCUAUCGAGCAAUUGCAAAAAAGCAUAACUCCUGCUCCUAAAGUCGAGCUGACAAAAGUACCUUGGAAUAAUAAAUAGCAAGAUUAUAACGUAAUUGGAAACUAUGUUUAAGAAAAGAGACUGUAUAACAAAACUGAUCUUUAUGGGAAAUAAGUUGAUAAAUACUUUAAAAACUAUGAUGGAGGAUCUAUCCUUAAUAUGAGAAAAGAAAUUCAUGAAACAGGAGAUUAAAUUCCAUACGAAGUCAAAUUUAAGUAUGAGAAGACUAAAGAUAACUAUUAUACCGUCGAAAGUGCUCCAAGGGUAAAGAAUGUUACUUCCUCAUAUCUAAACCCUAGUGCUAAAUCCUUUGCUGCUGGUAAAAGUGACUUAUUUUAAGUACAAACCUACAAAUCCAAGGACCCAGUAGGUCAAGAUUAAUUCCAUUAUGCUUCAAAGCCACUAAAGAAUCAAAGUACUUCUAAUUUAAUUUACUGA